GGUUUGGGAUAUAUACAAACAACUGUACGUGUAUAUAUCGGCACACACCUAUAUAUAUCUAUAGUGAGUUUGUGGUUUGGAGUGGGGGUGAGAGUUGCAAUUGCGAUUGUCAGCUACAAUGGUGCACACACUGUUCGAAUGGCGAUAUGGUGGUCACCAGGUUUCUCUCUGCGGUUCGUUUAGUGGGUGGACUGAGAUACCUAUGAUUUUGCUGGAGGGUUCCUCCAUGGUUUUCCAGAUAAUUUGUGAUCUUCCUCUGGGUUAUCACCAGUACAGAUUCUUGGUUGAUGGCGUAUGGCGAUUCAACGAUUCAGAUCAAGGGUGUUGUAUUCAGGAUGAGUAUGGAACUAUUAACAACAUUAUUCUUGUUAAGUCUUCAUCAUCAAAUGGCCCACUUCCUGAACCAGUGCCGCGACCAUCAGAUAAUGAGAUAGAUGUAUCUCGCCAUCGGUUAUUUAGGCAUCUGUCGUCUUAUACGACAUAUGAGUUGAUUCCAAAUUCAGGCAAGGUUUUUGGAUUGGAUGUUGAAUCAGCCAUGAAAUAUGCCUUCCAUGUUAUGUACGAAGAG